AUCUCUGGCUCGCCCCGUUCUGGCCCCCAGACACCACCUUUUGCAGCCCGCCGCCCUGGAGAGAUGAGCUCGGGCGAGGUCAUGGCUGCCCCCCAGAGGCAGGAACCGCAGGACGCCUGGACGACGCCGCCCAGCACGCCGCGGCCAGCCGCCGCAGCCCCGGCCACGCCGCCGCCGUUGCGGCGCGCGGGUGCCGAGCCAUUGCUGCUGGGCCUGGAGCGGAACUGCCCGCGGCGCGUGCGCGGCGCCCUCUCGGCAGACCCAGGGGCGGCCAGGUCGCCGUUCUGGGAGCGCCGCUUCGAGUGGCCGCUCUGCGCUGCGCUCCGCCUGGGGUGUAGCGAAGAGAUCAUCAGGCUUCUGACCGAGCACGGUGCGAAGGUCGAUGUGACGGACAACGUUGGGCAGUCGCCGCUCCAGCUUCUGAGCUCAGGGGUAGAGGCCAACAUCACCGGUGCCCACACCAACGACAUGCGGGAGCUUCCUGGCUCCGAGGAGUGGGCGAAACAGUUCGAGCUCGGCGUGGCCACAGCCCUGCUGAUCGCGGGCGCGGAUCCAGAGGCGUGCCCUGGCGACCCCGGCAGAGGACAUCAUUCAAGCUUGCAGCUCGCCCGGCGCGCCAGGAAAGGCCACCUGGUCGGCUUGUACGAGGCCCAUGGGCAUCAGCUGACGGCCUGA